ACUCCCCAGUGAGAGGCGUAUAAGGAAGGCUAAACACACACACACACACACACACACAAGUUCAUUCAGGAAGUGACCCGCAGCACAGACACUGAGCAAAUCAGGAUGCCGGGGAAGAAAGUGUGUAUUGUUGGAUCUGGAAACUGGGGUUCAGCCAUCUCACGCAUCAUUGGGCAGAAUGUAAAGGCGUCCAAUCGGUUUGCGCCAGUUGUUAACAUGUGGGUGUUUGAGGAGAUCAUUAAUGGGAGGAAAUUGACCGACAUCAUCAACACGGAACACGAGAAUGUCAAGUACCUCCCAGGACACAAACUGCCCAAGAACGUGAUUGCUGUUCCUGACAUUACAGAGGCUGUAGCUGGAGCAGAUAUCCUUGUCUUCGUUGUCCCUCAUCAGUUUAUUGGAAAACUCUGUGACCAGAUGAAACUUCAUGUUAAGCCAGGAGCCAUCGGAAUCUCACUCAUUAAGGGAAUAGAUGAAGGUCCAUCAGGUUUGACGUUGAUCUCUGACAUUAUCAGAGGGAAGCUGGGGCUUGAUGUGAGUGUGUUAAUGGGAGCAAACAUCGCUACUGAAGUUGCCGAGGAGAAAUUCUGCGAGACCACCAUUGGGGCAGUCAAUGAAUACAACGGUCAGGUGUUUAAGGAGCUGAUGCAGACACCAAACUUCCGCAUCACUGUGGUAUCAGACAGCAACACUGUGGAGCUGUGUGGAGCACUGAAGAAUAUUGUGGCAGUGGGAGCAGGAUUCUGUGAUGGUCUGGGUUUUGGUGAUAACACUAAAGCAGCUGUGAUUCGUCUGGGUCUGAUGGAGAUGGUGUCCUUCGCUAAGAUCUUCUGCAGCACCUCUGUCAGUUCUGCUACGUUCCUGGAGAGCUGCGGCGUCGCUGAUCUCAUCACCACCUGCUACGGAGGACGCAACCGACGUGUUGCUGAAGCUUUUGUCACCUUGGGCAAGUCUAUCGCUGAGCUGGAAGCUGAGAUGCUGAAUGGUCAGAAGCUUCAGGGGCCUCAAACAUCAGCUGAAGUUUAUAAGAUCCUUCAGAAGAAGAACAUGGUGGACAAGUUCCCUCUGUUUGUAUCUGUGUAUCGGAUAUGUUUUGAAGGCAGAGAUGUGAAAGAAUUCAUCAUUUGUCUCCAGAACCAUCCAGAGCACAUGUGAUCUUCUAGGGUCACAUGAUCCAUAAAGAAAUCAUGAACAGGAACCAUACAGAACCAUAGAAACAUGUGACCAUCCAAAAUCCACAAAUUGUCCAGUACACAUCAUACUCUAGAACCAUACUGAUCACAGAACCAUCCAGAACCAUCCUGGUCAUGUACCCUUUCUAGAACCAUCCAGUACCCCUUCCAGAACCAUCCAGAUUAUGUAUCCUUUGUAGAACCAUCCAGAUUAUGUACCCUUUCUAGAACCAUCCAGUACCCCUUCCAGAACCAUCCAAAUUAUGUACCCUUUCUAGAACCAUCCAGAUCGUGUACCCUUUCUAGAACCAUCUAGAUCAUGUACCCUUUAUAGAACCAUCCAGUACCCCUUCUAGAACCAUCCAGAUCAUUUACCCUUUGUAGAACCAUCCAGAUCAUGUACCCUUUAUAGAACCAUCCAGAUCAUGUAACUCUUUUCAGAUAUUUUCAGAGCACAGGAACAUUCUAGGACCAGAUGUGAUCAUGUAAACCAACAGGACUAUAAUACGUCAUGUAUACCUUCUAGAAAUAUCCAGAGAAAAAAUCCACAAUCCUUCUAAAACCAUCUAAAUAUGGUUCCAGAUCAUGUGAUGUUUUUACUGGAGAGCUGCCUAACGCACAACAUUACAGUUCCACUACAGACUAAAGCCCACUAAAGUCCACUGAGCACACACAGGAACUCACACAGGUUCCACCCUACAAAAGCACUACAAACACUUAUGAUUAGCGAUCGUAAUAUAAUCUUCCUUCAUGUUUGUGCAUCAUUAAGUAAUAAGAUGAAUAACACAUUUUUAAUAAUGAUUGUUUAUUGUAAUGCUUGUUUAAGGUACAUGUUUAAAGCUGAUUGAUUGGUUUAGCUGAAAUACAAUCAUUAUAAAUCAGAGAAUGAUAAAUGUUUUAGCAAAGUGUGAGUUUUAAUACUGACAAACAAUAAAAGUACACAAUACAAGUGUAAAUACA